UCUUCUUCUUCUUCCUUGAAUUUGUUGAUUACUUGGGAUGAAGCUGAGAGAUCGAUCUUGUUCAGAUAAUCAGAUCGAUCCAUCUACAAAGUGCGCUGAUCGAGAGGUUAUUUAGUCGGCCGGCCGGCGAGCUAAUUAAUCCGGCCUCAUCGUAUAUAUAUAUAGUGGUAAGUUGACUAAGAAGCUAAAGCUGGCUAACAACAACAAGUGGUGGGAGAGAAUAGAUGCCGGGAUGGGCAGUAGCGGAGGCGGUGGCGGUGGCGGGGGGUUUAAUCAUCAUCAUCAUCAGACUCCUCCUCCUCCCGGUUUCGUUCACCAGCUCUUUAGUACGCCUGAGCUUCAGUUGCACCACCAAUCUAAUUUCUCUCAGCAUCUACCCUCCGCCGCCGCCGCCGCCGCCUUGCCUACAACCCCUACCUCCGAUUCCUCCGACCAGAAGGAAGUGAAAUCGGAUAAUGAUGCGGCGGGUACAAGCUCCGGCGGAGGGGGAGGAGGAGGAGGAGGAGGUGGGUCUACCUCGAGCCGUCGCCCUCGAGGCCGUCCGCCGGGGUCGAAGAACAAGCCGAAGCCGCCCAUCAUUGUGACCCGAGACAGCCCUAAUGCCCUGCGGUCUCACGUGCUGGAAAUCUCCGCCGCCGCCGACAUCCUCGACAGCGUCACCAGCUACGCGCGGCGGAGGGGGAGGGGCGUCUGCGUGCUCAGCGGGAGCGGCACCGUCACUAACGUCACCUUGCGUCAGCCGUCCUCGCCCGCCGGGAGUGUGGUCACGCUCCACGGCCGCUUCGAGAUCCUGUCGCUCUCCGGAACGGUCCUCCCGCCGCCCGCGCCGCCCGGCGCGGGCGGCCUGUCGAUAUUUUUGUCAGGGGGACAGGGGCAGGUCGUGGGCGGGACCGUGGUGGGCCCCCUCAUGGCUUCCGGCCCGGUAGUGCUCAUGGCUGCCACGUUCGCCAAUGCGGUUUUCGAACGCCUCCCUCUGGAGGAGGAAGCCGAGGGAGGCGCAGGCAAUGCCACCGCCGCCGCAGCUGGGCAGCAGGUUCAGUCCUCCACCGCCGCGUCACAAACAUCCGGCGUCACAGGAGGCGGCGAAGGCGGAGGAGGAACGUCAUUCGGAAACACACAACCGCCGCCGCCGCCAACCAAUUACCCGUUUUCAGCAGAAGUAUUCGGAUGGGCUGGAAACACCGCCGCCGCGGCAAGACCACCUCAAUUUUAACGAGAGAUCAAUGGGGAUAAGGUUGGAUACAUUAAUCUUGCACUUGUUUAUUCAUCUUGUGCUCCAUCACAUUAAGAUUUCAACAUUCAAACUAUGGAGCAAUCUUAAAUCUUCCAACAAUCAGUUGUUUUUCCGGCCUUAAAUCUUCAGACAAUCAGUUGUUUCGUCCUCAAAAGUAGCCUUAAAUCUCCAGACAACUCAGUAAUUUCGUCCUCAAAAGUAACCUUAAAUCUCCAGACAACCAGUUGUUUUGUCCAGAGAAGUAUCUAAAAUUCAGCAAAAAAAUUAGCGACUACUGUUCAACCGAAGAUACUUUGGUUACACCAAAAAAAUUGUUUUUGUUGCAUAAACUAAGCUGUGAAUUGCUUGUAUCGGAUAUAUAUACAUUUUCUCAACUCCAGUAAGUGCUUU